AUGGAUCGACAAAUUUUGCAGCCGGACGUGGAGUCCCUUGAUCCGGACAUGGAAAGCGGCGAGGAGUUGCAGAUCGAAGUUCAAACUCUGGAAAAUUUGCGUGUCGAAAUUGCAAAGGCACAGAAAAAACUUGAAAAUUUGAAUCGCCAGAUCGGCAACGAAGACACGGAGAAUGAAGUAGGCGAAAAUGCGCAAUUUAGGAACAGAGACGGCAACAGCAGUUCCGAGAAUUUCGAGCAGAACGUUAGAAGCUUCGAGAACACACAGCGUGGCGAAGACAGAGACGGCGAGAUAGGCGGCGGCAGCGGCGAUGACAGAGACGGCGAGAUAGGCGGCGGCGGCAGCGGCGAUGACAGAGACGGCGAGAUAGGCGGCGGCAGCGGCGAAGACAGGGACGGCAAUAUAGGCGGCGGCAGAGGUGAAGGCAGAGAUGGAGAUAGAAACGGCGGCAGACGCGAAGAUAGAGACGGCGAUAGACGCGGCGUCAGAGGCAAUUCUGGCGAAAUUGGUGUGCAGCAAAACGGAGGCAGAUUUGAAACUAGCGGCUUGUUGUCACCCGGCUUUAACAUGGCCUGGGAAAUCUUUCACUGA